AUGCACCCGGACGACGAAAGAGGCCCUCUGAAGACCAUCUUCAAGAUGCUCGUGGCUCUCGGAUUGCGGAAAGGCUACAAAGAGGCGUACAUUUGCCAAGCGCUGAAGGCCGAGCACCACAACUAUGCCUAUGACAUGGAGUCUGGGCUGGGCUUCAUCAAGGAUACUUGUGGCGAUUGCGGAGGCAGCGAUGAGAUCUGCCUGAAACCCCGCGUCUUCGACAUCAAGUCCACGCCGCCUCCAAAGGGCUGGAAAGACAGAAUGAAGGGGGCAGCGAGGAAUAUCGGCAGAAAGUUGAUGGGCCUCGACCGAAAUGUUUGCCUUGGAGUGGGAUACAACUGGAGCUUUGGUCGCAUUGCCCCAGGAAUGAUUGACAUGGUCAAAUCAAUGCCGUGGGGUGACAAACGCAAGGCGGCAGUUGUAAAGUUUGCAGUAUGA